AUGAGUUCUCCAGCUACAUCUGUACAGGCCGAGUCGCGUAGAGCCUGCGUCAACUGCGCAGAUGCCAAGGUAAAGUGCGUCCCUCGCGAGACUGGCGUGGUUGCGAGCUGCGAGCGUUGUCAUCGUUUAAACAAGGUGUGUGGCGUGCGGCCAAGGCAGGCGAGGAGGCGAGCCAGAAAGAGGGGCCAUGUUGCUCUGGCUCAGAAAGUCGACGAGAUUGUCGCCCUGCUUGCUGGCAGGCCGGGCCCGGUAUGUGGGGUCUCGGGAAGUGUGACACCGGCCCCGGGUGCCGCUCCUCCUGAGGUCCCGCGCACGCUCCAGACCCUGCUUAUAGACGAUGCCGAGGCCGAGGCGCUGCUCCGUCACUUCCGUCAGGACCAGGCCCCUUAUUCCCCCUUUGUCGAGGUUGCCGAGGACACAACAGCAGCCUCACUCCGCGCCGAAAAACCACUGCUCUUCCUUGCCAUAAUGAUGGCUGCCUCGCACGACAACACGGCUCGCCAGGAAACCUUCUCCAGGGCAGCCAUUUCCUUGGUCGCCGACCAACUUCUCGUUCAGGGGCGAAAGAACUUGGCACUUCUCCAGGGGAUGCUGGUGCUCCUCAACUGGUACCAUACCCAGAUCUUUGUCAACCCGCAAAUCACCAACCUGCUCCAUCUGUCCACGGCCCUUACGACAGAUCUUGGGCUGAAUCAGGCCCCGACUCCUGCGGAGACUUACACCCUGUCAUCCGGCAUCAGGAAGGCCAUCUAUGGGCUUGGCAUGAACUCUCAAGAGCGGACGCUGGAGGAGCGAAGAGCCUAUGCCGGCUGCUUCUACCUGGCCUCUAUCUUCUCCACCAGUUUUAACAUCCGCACGGAAAUGCCAUGGACGACGGAACUGGACGAGUCGUGCCGUAUUCUAAGCUGCUCUGGGAAAGACAGCGAUUUACGGCUGGUAACCUUUGUGAGGCUGCAACACACAAUCUCCCAGAUCAGUCAGAUGCAGAGGGAGAUUACCGCGAAUGGAGGUCUCUCGGCGCCAUUGACGGUCUACAUCACCCCCUUCGAGGAGAGCCUGACGCAGCUCUGGGACGACAGCCCGGAAACCCUCCGCCAAAAUGCCCACGUCCAAAUAACCCACCACGCCGCCCUCAUGCACCUCUACAAGACCAGCUGCCUACCCCCCUCCCCAUCUCCAUCCCCGCCCCCGCCCCGCCCCGCCGACCCCGCAACAUUCGUCUCCCUCAACCGCGCCCGCCACCGCUGCCUCGCCUCGGCCCUCGCCUGCCUCGACGUCCUCCUCGGCGUCCCGCCCGAGCGCUUCUACCACAACUCGGUCGCCCUCUUCAUCCAGGUCGGCUACGCAAUGAUCACCCUCGGCGUCCUCGCCCGCUGUAGCCCCAGCCCCUGGGGGGAGGACGGGGGCGGCGGUGGUGGUGGUGGUCUGCCGGCGCUGCUGGAGCGCGUUGCGCUGCAUCUUGAUCGGUCGUCGGCGGUGGUGGGGGACGGGGGCGCGGAGGGGGAUUCUAGAAAUGCGAGGCUGGUUCAGUGGGCUGCGUGGUUGAGGAUGUGUAUCCGGCGGCUUGAGGCGGAGGAAGGGGUUGUUGGGGAUGGGGCGGCUGGCGCCGGGUGGGGUGCCGUAACCCCCGGGGAGGGGGUAACUGGUGGUGGUGGUGAUGUUGCGCCGGGAUUCCUGGACACCGAUGGUCUUGGUAUGGACUGGGCUGCGCUGGCGGAUGAUAUUUCUGGGCUUGGCUUGUUUGGCUUCGCGGAUGAUGCGCUGAUGGGGGAUUUCCUUGCUGGUGAGAGCGAUGUGGUGCCCGGCGGGUGAGAUGGUGGGAAGCCUUGGGGUGUUUGUUGUUGAGGUUGUAACUGUACUUGAGUGUUGGUUCACGGAUACCUGUGAUUAUCUCUGUGCAGUACCCAGGUGGUAGAUUAUCAAAUGAUCCAAGAUGUAUUGCUAUCACAAGCGGUAGAAUGGUAUAUUUAUUGUUACGGCUCAACCUGGUGAACCACUAUUGAUCUUGCGAAUGUCUACUAUCUGACUUCCUAUGGUACUUCCUCCAGGCACAUCUCGUGGCUACGAUUGCUCAGUCACAUUCUACAGCUUAUC